AUCGGUUUUAGCUUUUUCGCGCUCGGACAUUUAAUCUUGGGAAAAAUGGUUGUUACGUGUGAGAUCAGCUUCGAUAAUAAUAAACAUGGUACUUUCUACGCCGGUCAGCUGGUAAAAGGAUGCGCGACCCUUAAAUGUGACAGGUCCAAGGAGGUUCAAGCUGUGCUGCUCAAGGUAGUCGGAUAUUCUAUAACCAAGUGGAGCGAAAAGAGUCUGGGCUCGACAAAACUCUACGUGGGCCGGGAGGAUUAUCUAUCAUCAAAUACUUAUCUCGUGGGUUCCGAGCAAAACAACACUCACAACAACACUCACAGACUCACUAUUGAGGCUGGGGUUCACAGCUACAACUUCACCUGCCAGCUGCCCUAUCAAUGCCCCUCGUCCUUUGAGGGUCGCCAUGGAUGCAUCCGCUAUAUAGUGAAAGUCCUGCUGAUCAGACCGUGGAAGUUCGAUCAGGCCUACACAAAGGGCUUCACGGUUCUCAAGAUGCUGGAUCUCAACUUUGACACUCCCCAGCUAAAGUCCGCUGCCCACAGCGAGGGUUACCGCACCUUUUGCUGUGGUCCAUGCAAGACGGAUCCUUUAAAACUGGAGCUGCACCUUCCACAAGCAGGCUACGUUCCUGGCCAGAAGAUUCCCGUGACCAUUGUGGUAGUCAACAACACUGCCGUAGCCGUCUCCGAAAUCCGACUCUCUCUGGUAAUGCUGGUGAGAUACUACAGCGUCAGUCCUGAACACUCUCGAGUGGAGCGAUUAAUAAUAUCGCGAGCUAAGGGGGAAUCGGUGCUGAAGCAGUGCACCCGAUCCCAGACCAUCGAUUUGCCCGUACCCUCAACGCCGCCCACCUGCGUGGAGUUGAGCAACCUCAUCCAGAUCGCCUACCAACUGGAGGUUGAGGCGUUGGUUAAGAGUCUACGCGAACAACAGCUGAUGGUCAUGCCGGUUACCGUUGGCACCAUUCCUCUGGCGGUUUCGGGCAUUGUGGUUCAACAACCUCCCCGGCGGAGCGCCCACUACGAAGGACCGGAUUCCAGAAGGAAUCCUCCCGACGAGCUACCCAUGGUUACCGCACUUGAGAGCUUGCCCAGCGACCUGGCAUCCAGUGCUGCUGAUUCAGCGCUCCCCAAUUAUGAGGAGUCCCGUCACACUCAGCGGGGCAAUAUCAACGAAGAGGAACUACAUGCCUUCGGGAGCAAUGAGUUUGCUCCACUUUAUCCCGUGUAUAGUAUACCUAGUCCUACGCCCGUGCUCACGGCAAACGCCCGGAAUGCGGGAUUCGUCAACCAAAGUUUUGUCAAAUAGAGCAUUUUAAUUUUGAAAAACUUAUCACUAAGAUGUUUCAAUUGGCAAUACUUGAUUGGAUUCAUUGUAGACCAAAAACCAAAAAAAAUAAACUUAUUUAAAUGUC